ACUAUAUAACCAUUAGCCGAGUCGUGAUUUUCUCAAGUUGCAUCUCAAUUUAGAUCGUUAACAGUUUAUAGUUACAUAUCGAGUUUGAGAAAUUAGUGCUGUUAACACCAACACAAUGUCUUUAUCAAAAUUUCAGCUAAAACAGACCCUUCACUAUACGAGUGAUACGUCACAGGAUGGCGGUUAUAAACUUGGAGAAGUCUCCAUAUACAAAACGGCCCCUGACAAGACCGUGCUUCAGGUGUCAGAAGACCCGAGGAAGAUGUGUUCUGAGAUUGUAUCGUUGAAUCCUAAUUACCGUGACAACAUUCUGGGUGUCGAAACCACAGAUGAUUUGAAAUUCCUCAGCUUUGAUAGCAGAUCGGACAUGGAAGCCUGGAGCAAUACGAUAGAGGGACUGAUGAAGUCUAGUGAACAGAGCAAACCCCCGAGCAAACCCCGUCCCAGGUCAGCUCAAGAAAUGCCAAGGAAUAACCAACGAGACAAUGCCAGGAUAUUUCAUUCAUCUCCAGCAGCCCCCGGUGAUAUGUUUCGGAAAAUGGUUCACGAAGAAAGGCCAUUGCUUCAUGUUUCUCAAAACAACGAUGAACCCAUCUAUGAAAACUCCAAUUUCGACCCUAAAAUUACCGAACAACGUGAUGCUUAUUUGGCUGCACACGAGCUAAAGCAACUUCAGGAGGAAAAUUAUCAACCCCUAGGAGUGAACAAAGAAAUUGUCAAGCAUGUGGAACAAGACCCCUAUGAAGAAGUAAUAAGCCAGCCCCUGCCACUAAUGUCAAAUGAAGACCGAGGGCUUCCAAGAAAGCAGGCUUUGCGUCCUCCAACAAAGAAAGGUUACGAGCCACCUAAAGCUGCACCCUCGGAGCCUCAUCAAAACCAACAAAUCAAGGGCGUCGAUCAAAGAUCUGUAGCUUCCACAAAUGGAGGUAAAGGUAGACGCCCCAUGCCACCCCCGAAAGAGCGCAAACCCAAGCAAGUAGUAAAGGUAUCGCCACAACCGCAAGCUGACGAUCAUUUAUACGACGAGGUGUAUACCCCUGAUAAUAAUGGGCGAGAGCUUGAAGCUAAAUGUGACGCUGGAAAAGACAGAUGCAGACCGAUCUAUGAAAAGGACGGAUCAGUAUCAUCAGUUGAAAUGAGGGUAAGCGUGCAGAUUCCUAAAGAGGAGUACAUGCUUGGAGAUAUCUCCCUUCGUGAUAACGAUGGAAAUAUCAUAGUUGAGACUACCAGGCUGCCGAGGUAUUUGAAUGCUGGUGAUCAAUUGUUGCAGAUAAAUGACAUCGACGUUACGAACACGGGGAAGGACUUUGCUCUUAUUUGUAUCAAUCGUGUGAAUUCAGACAAGAUUAACCUCGAAUUUCUCCGGCGUUUUCAUCAAUGCUGAUAAAGACUAUUAGUGAGGUUUCAGAAUUUGAUUCACCGUGGGGAAUGCCAAUUAGCCUACACCAUGCUAAGUCCCAUCAAAAUCCUAGAUGGUUCAGUGAGAUGACAUAACUCAUCAUGCCUCAGCUCGUCACAUCACUGCCAUUUUAAACUAAGGCUGCCUCAACACAACCAUGUUAAAAGUAUAAACAGUACCCACAAAAAGGGAAGUAGCCAGGAAAAAUUCGGAUUGUCAAAUGUGAUAUUUCACACAUUUAUACAAGAAGAUACUAAAACAACAAACAUGAUCGGGUAUAGGUUUUUAGUUAAAGUAAUGAUAAAUUUCAACAGUAAGAUUUCUAUAAUAUUUACCUACAUGUGCUAUGAAAAACAAAGACGGGUCCAAAAUAAUAAGUGACGUCAAAAAAUAUGCAAAUAUGAAAAUCUAAUUUCCUACAUAUGUUUAUUUUUGUAUAGUGUUAUGAUUCUAUAGUGACAUUGCGUUGUUUUAAUAUCUACCUGUGAGUUUGGUGUUAAUAUUUUUUUAAACUUGACUUUAAAACUAAAACUUGAAUUUAAAAAUAAUUCAUUGAAAUACUUUUAAUUUUUUUAAUUUUAAUUACUAGUCAUACAAACCGCCGUGAACCACCAUCGAAACCAUCGAUAUGUGAUCGCAGGUAGCAAGUAGAAUCUCUGUCUAAAAUAUCCAUAUGACCAGUUUUCCUAUAAGUCAAAUAUUGAGGGGAAAUAACUUGGAAGAAUUAAAAGACAGUAUAGAUAGGCUCGGAAAAAAUGCAAUAAUUGCACUUUAAUGUACUAGUAAUUUGAUUCAAUUUACCGCAUUUUGUAAAACUUAUCAUUUUGUUGUUUAAUUCGAAUUCUAUGCCCUUUUCCGACAUUUUGUGAAGGGCCUAUAGGACUAUCUGAUAUCAUAAUCGGUUGUUAUUGUUUCAAGUUAUUCUUGUUAUUAUGAUUAAUAUCGUUUUCUGAUAAUGUUGUCAUUAUUGCCAUUUUCAUUAUUAUUUUUAUUGUUAUUAUUAUUAUUGCUAUCAUUACUUUUAUUUUUUAUUGUUGUUGUUAUUAUUAUUUUCAUACUGUACAGAUCGUCCAAAGAUGGACAGUCAUAACUGGUAUUAAAAUGAGAUUUGUCAUUAGUUUUUCAAUAUAUACUCUAUAUCUCUCUCUCUCUCUCUCUC